GCCAUUAUGCGAAAUUGUAUACAACAUAACUGUCAGAUAAGAUUACAACUUGCCGCUGAUGAAGCAACUCCCUACUGACAUUUCACAGCGCAUGUUUGCUUAUUUGCUUGUUCGACAAUAAUACUUGCAAGUGGCAACUACUGCUUUAUUUGAGAUUUAUUUAGAAUGAGCGAGGAACGUAAUGUUUGUGUCCAGUUAGAGGAACGUAUAGGAUUUGGCAACUACGCGGAGGUAUACCGAGCUAUACUAAUUGACACCGAUGAAACGGUAGUGGUGAAAAUUCCAAUCUUCAGCGAAAAAGAUGCGUCCAAGAUUCCGGAUCGUAUCAAGGAGCUUGAAUUAACCUACAAAGUGUUUAGCAGUUUUCAGCAUCUGAAUAUUGUUCGCCACCUUUAUCAUCAGCACACUCUUGAUCGAGUAUCUUCCGAAACUACUGACGCUCUCAUCGAAAUGCCGAAAUUUCAGAUUAUCAUGGAAUACUGUUCAGGUGGGAACCUCAGCGACUACGUUGCGCGCAACAACCUAAGCCCGCCUUUAUUGCAGAGAUGGAUAUCACAACUCCUUAACGGUCUCACGUAUCUCCAUGAUAAAAAGAUUGUACAUCGUGAUAUAAAGGGCGCCAAUGUUUUCUUGUCUAAUACAAGCCCCGAAACAUGCAACCUGAAAAUUGGAGACAUAGGUGACGUAAAGCAGAUUAAGGAAGAACGUACCGGUACCAAUGAGGUUUCGGGCGAACAUGGCACAUGCCGCUUUAUGUCACCGGAAAUGCUGCGGGUGGAAGUGGCCAAUGUUGGACGCCGAACGGAUAUCUGGAGUCUGGGUUGUGUGAUCAUUCAGAUGAUCACAGGUAACAUUCCUCUCUUCCAUAGAGGAGAUAAUUUACUUUCGUCCGAGGUUUCCAUUCAUUACUUCAUAAUGGACGGAGGCUCUCCGACCAUACCAACUGACCUACCUCCUGUUUUGGACAAUUUUAUAAGGCAGUGUCUGACGUGGGAAGCGGACAAACGACCACGCUCACGCGAUUUACACGGUGAUCCUCUUUUGUCGGCUACUAAUGCUGCAGAGUGGAGACUCCCGAGAAAGAGCUGAAAUAGAAAGAUAGAAAUCACUAAAAUUUCUGCUUUAAACAGUCUUUGUCUUAUUAUUAUUCAUGUCAUUACUGCUUCUUUUAUUAAACCUGUUUACACUAUCUGCGUCACAUCGACAUGGUAGAAGAAGUUUUUGUGACCGCUCCACCAUAUCAACCUACGCACUCCGCAUCAGUUUAUAUGAUAUUAUUAUUAUAUAGUUUUAUGUCCGCCGCUGUUGUACUGCAUAUUAAACGUCACGGUUAUACUGCAUAUUGUAGUGUA